AGUUGGGAGGCUUUUAGACAUUUGGUCUUGGGACUGGGAAGGAUACUAGACUGAACAUCUCUAUCUUUUGGGGCUUCGGCUUUGGGUGGCUUCGGCCUUUCUGUUCUCUUUCUGUAAUCGAUACCUUCAUCAAUAAAGUUUUUUUACAGUUUCUUGAUAAUCUUUACUGAAAUUGUUGUGAAUUCUGGAGUUCUCUAUCAUUGGUAUCAGAGAGAGAUGAUCACUGGACAAAACAGACUCGAACGAAGAUGGAAGGUCGCAUAACGCAGAUAGGAAGAAAACUGGAGGAGCAAAUGACUGAAAUCGAGCGAAAAUUUGACAAAUAUCAGAAGGAAUCAAAUGCGAAGUUUGAGGAAUUAAGAGCGAAGAUGAAGGCUGGCUUCGAGGAGAUUAAGAACCAGAAUAAAGGUCGAUCGAGUAGUAGAUGGCAUGACUCAUCCGCAUCGCUUCACACUUCGCACUCUUCCCAUAGGUCGCAUCGCACUUCUCAUCAUCUGCGAUCGCAGGAGGAGUCGCAGACGAAAUCGCGAACUUCCUCUCAUAGUUCAAAAUCGCGAACUUCUUCUCAGAAUCCGUCACAUAAACCUUCGCGUCGCUCAUCGAGUACUGACAAGGUAAGAUCGUCACCACCGUUCCCAAGAUCGCAAGGGGAGUCUCGAACUGUUUCUUGUAACUUGCGGUCGCGAAAGGUUUCCAGCGGUUCGUAUCAAGUCGCACCUUUGAGUUCGCAGGCAGAUUCUUACAGAACUAUGGUUUUUACACGAGCAGAAGACUCCAGUUCGCAAUUACUAUCUAAGUCACCAGAGUCGCAGAGGGAGUUGGUUAACCAAGAGCAAACGUACAGGGAAGAUACAACCACCGAUAGCGAAGAGGAAAGCAAUGAGGAAUCUUCAAUUAAUCUGGGACUUGAAGCUGAGCCAAUUAUUCGUCCCCUCACUUGUCAUAACCCUUCCAGUUUGAAUAACGUUAGCAAAGAGUGGAACUCUUUUAGAGAAAAUGAACUUCCUUCAUCUGACAGGCAAGGAUGGAACCAAGGAAGUGUGGCUGAUGCACUUGGUGAAAGAACUGAUUUCGUAUUCUCAUCCGCAAGGUGUUGCUUGGUUUCUGUGCUGCUUCACACUAGCAAGGAUUAUGCAAAAUUGAAGAUAGUUUGGGUUUUUCGACUUUCUGUUUCAACAAAUCGAGUAAAAAUGGACUUUCCUUUGGAGGAAUAUGCAGUGGCAAAGAUAAUUUGGUGGAAUAUUCUUAAGGGAGACAUCUGGCUAAAAGACUCUUCCAAAUGUUUGGCUAAGAAUGAGGGUGGUUGUCAGUCAUGCUGCCUAAAAGGCAAAGAAGAGAUUGCAGAAUUUCCCUCUGGCAGUUGUAUAUCCAUAGUAGGAACAGCAGCAGAUGCUCUAAUUGCAUGGAGUGAAGCAACUGAAACUCAAGGACUUGAUUUAUGUGCUGAAGCAAGAGCUACUAGCAAAUGGAAGAUUGAGCAGAAGGUGAUGAAUGAAGAUCAGUACCAGCAGGAACAGAACCACCUGAAUAGUAUGGAUGCUUUGAAGAGAGAGGAUCUAGUGCUGUUUCUGCUAGAAGUGUGGAUGAAUAUUCACGCAUGGAAACUCCUUGACAAACCUACAGUCAUGUAUUGGGAAGGGAGAGGAGCAAGGAAGAAGAGGAAGAAGCAGAAGAUUGUGGCUUUCUCCUAUUACCCACCUUGAGGACAAGGUGGAUGUUUUGGGGGGAAGUAUUGAUAGGAACCCGGGCCUAAUAGACUAAUAAUAAUAAUAAUAAUAAUAAUAAUAAUAAUAAUAAUAAUAAUAAUAAUAAUAAUAAUAAUAAUAAUAAUAAUAAUAAUAAUAAUAAUAAUAAUAAUAAUAAUAAUAAUAAUAAUAAUAAUAAUAAUAAUAAUAAUAAUAAUAAUAAUAAUAAUAAUAAUAAUAAUAAUAAUAAUAAUAAUAAUAAUAAUAAGGGACCGGGCCUAUUAGAGUAGUAAUAAUAACAAGUGUAUUAGUUAGUAUAAAUAGAAGAUAGCAGGGAGGAGUUGGGAGGCUUUUAGACAUUUGGUCUUGGGACUGGGAAGGAUACGAGACUGAACAUCUCGAUCUUUUGGGGCUUCGGCUUUGGGUGGCUUCGGCCUUUCUGUUCUCUUUCUGUAAUCGAUACCUUCAUCAAUAAAGUUUUUUUACAGUUUCUUGAUAAUCUUUACUGAAAUUGUUGUGAAUUCUGGAGUUCUCU